AGUAGUAUUGUCAAAAAUAACAAGUAGUUUUACACAAUUGAACUGAAUUAUACGAAACAUAUUUUCUAAAGAUAUAUAUUUGCUAAAAAAAAAAACAUUUACAAUGUCUGAUGAUGGGAAUUUUGAGUCCUGUGAAUUUGCAAAUACUACGGAACAUGGUAAACAGCCUGUUCUGGAGCCCGAAGAAAUGGGUAUACUUCCACCUAACCAUCCUUUGCUACGAAGAUUUCAACUGUCUUUGAAGGAACAUCUUUUGCGUACAAAAAAUAAGUUGGAAAACGAGAUUACAGAUAUAAAAUAUCAUGUCAAGACCAAAGAGGAACGUAGGGAGGAGCAGGGGCUGGCAUUGUAUGACAUGCAAAAUAAAAUUGCAUACCAGGAGCAGCAAAUCAAAGAAAUAUCUGCCCAAAUUGAUGAACAUAUCGAAAAACGCCAACUGGAAGAAGCCGCCGUAGAGAUUCUAAAGAAGGAAUAUGACGAGAAAAUUAAGUUGACAAGAACUCAAAAAUCAUUAUACCAUACUCGAAUGAUGGAACUAGAAGAUCUUCAAAGUUUGGGCAGUAAUAUUAAGAAUUGGGCAUACGAAGUGGAAGAUGAAGUUAAAAAUGCUAAGCGCAUUGUUAGCCGCGAUGCUCAAUUGCAAAAACAACUGUCAGAGGAAAAAAGAAAAUCGGACAUACUAUUUUAUAGACUCGAUAUGGAAGUAAAGAAAAAAGAAGCCGAGCUGCAAUCAAUUUCCGAAGAUGAAGUUGCAAUUAAGGAGGUGGUUAAUGUCCUUAACAUGAGCAUUGCCGAUGCUAACACUGAUUUGGAGGCUUUGCAAAAUGAGCAUAAACGCUUAAUUCAGGCAUGGAGUGAAGUUAUCAUAGCUAUUCAGCAAAGAGAUAAAAUACUGUUUCAAGUUCAGGACAACAUACGUAAGCAAAAGGAGUCAAUAAAACUGAAUUCAAACGGAAUUGACGCCGUGAAAAAGCAAAUUUCAAGAGAAAUGGAGCUUAACAAAAAGCUGGAAUCCUUCAAGCAAAGAUUGGCCGAUGAUAUGAGUAACUUAAGUCGUGAUUGCCAAAGGGAAAUGGAAGCACUACUGACCUUGCAAACAAAGCUGGACGAGUUUCCAGAGUUUCUGGCCCGUACCGAAGCCGAUUUGCAAGAAGCGACUCGUGAAGGAAAUAAAUUAUUAUCAGAAAUGCGUAGACUCGAUCUGAUUUUGGACAAAAACCAUCAAAAAAAAUUCAAAACUGAGGAGGCCAUCUUGAAGUUAGCUCAGGAUCAGCUUAUCACUGAUAAAGCUAGUGCUUACCGUCUAAAAUUAUUAAAUAAAGCUCAAGAGCAUCGUCGAAGCGUUGACAUUUCGUUGUCGAAAGUACAAAAUCAAUUAGCAUUGGCCAUGCUCGAUGUGGAGAAAUUGCGAAGCGUAUUAUUUAAUACAAAGAAACAAAAUGACAAAGUUCAAGACAAACUAACUAAAGCUGAAGAAAAGUCAAAUAGUUUGGACGAUGAACUAAAGAAGAUACAAUCUAAAAUUGAAAUCAAAAUGCAGCGGUUCGAAAAGCUUAACAGCCUAAUUGAAGAGAUCCACAGCGCUCAUGGUGACGAAACUGGUAACCCAACUGAACUUAAGAUAAAGCAAAUAGAAAAAUCUAUUCAUGUGGGCGAAUACCAAAUAAGAGAGCAUCAACAAUUUUGGAUAAUGCUUCAAAAUCAUUUUGUAAAUUUAACCCAUAAAAGAAGCGAUCAGCUACAUGAAAUUCAGGUGACUAGAAAACAAUUAUCGAUCAUAAAGCAAAAAUCAUUGAAGGUUGACCAAGAAUUAGAAAUAUCUGAAAAUAAGACAAGAGAUCUAAGGCUAGAUAUUCAGAAGUAUACCUCAAAAUUGGAGCUAUUGAAUGAGAAAAUAUACACUAAACGAAAGAACCAUGAUAUUGAAGAAAGCGAAUAUGAGCACGAACAGUUUGAGCUAAGCCAAAAACUGAAGGAUACCGAAAUGAGUACAUUAAAGUUGGAAAAAGAUAUUAAUGAAUUGUUAAAUGAAAUUGAACUAAGCAAGGACCUUGUACUCGAUAGACAUAGAGAAGCUCUUUCCUGGGAAACAAAGCAUAAAUUGAUUGAGGAAACUAUUGAUUGGACUAAAACUGAGCGUUCAUUAAACGGUGAAAUAGGGGCAAUGAAAAUUGAAAUUCAUAGAAUGACCAUUCGCUUAAAUCAACUAAAACGCGCACAGGAAAAAUUGGUGCAAGAUUUAGAGCAUUGUGUGAUGCAUCGUGAACAAAUUUUCGUAAAUGCAUCGGUGAAAGAACACGUUGAUGCAAAAAAGAAGAAAUAUAAAAACGCAUCCCAAGCCCAAAUAAAGCUUGAUGAAGUGCGCAACAAAUCAAAAGCCAUUCAAAAUGAAAUAAUAUUUCUUUCCGAAAAGCGCAUUACUGAUAACAUUAAUAAUAUUGAACGAAUGGUAUACAUUCUACGAAAAAAUCAAAACGAUCUUAAAGAAGUUUCAAGUAAAGAUGCAUCUAUUCGAGCUCAGAUAGAAGAUGCACUUCUCUUAAAACAUUUUAAUUUAGAGCAAAUAAUUCGCAAACAAAAUCGUGCUAAGGCAUUCCGUAAAUUAAAUCAAACAAAAGGACAACAUAAAAUUGUUAGAUCAGAGAGCUCAAUUGAACAGCAAUUACAGGCUCAAAUCGAAAUGAAUGAUACUCUAAUGGAAAUUGUUCAAACAUUAACUAAUGAUUAUCCCGAGAAAAAAUCUUUUUUUUCAAAACUGUUUAACUUCUUAAAAGAAUGAAAAUUCUUAAAAUAAAUUAUAGUAAUGUAAGAUGUUAUACCAUAAA